AACACCCAAUAGCGUGACACGUGGCGCAUCUUUUCCUAAUCUGGGAUUUGUGCCUUACGUCCACUACGAAGCUUGUGCCUGUCGCGUUUUGUGAUUGCGUUCUCAUGUAUCCACUCAUGACCGAUUCGGCUUCGGAUUCUUACUCUCAGACUCUGGUUCUCAUAGCUGAUACGUUCUAUAUCCGUAAUAUCGUUGUUCUCCACUUCAUCGACCUCUGUGAAUCUUCGUAGUUGAUCAAAGCUUGGUCUUUACUUGCUGAAAUCACAUAACUGGAUCAAAGACAUAAGCCAACGUCCGGCUGAAGGCUUAUCAUUACAUUUCCUUGCCUCGUGCUUCAAUCUUCAAGCUCUGCCAAUCUGGACCGUCCACUUUCGCCGUUUAGUUCUCUUGCAACAGUGAUUAAGAAUCAUGAAAUGAACCAUUCAGCUCCUUUGGAAGAACUAAACCUCAGAGUUCACCGGACUUAUACGUCCUCAGAUGAGGACAAGUCAGAACACUCGGUGUUAGCAGACGAUAGAAGUGAUCUAUUCGAUCCCAACUUUGACUUUGACGCUGGUACUUUGGAGGAAGAUUCUCCUUACGCCGAAGUACGCUCGGCUGUAGCUAACUUUGAUGACCCGGAUAUGCCCGUCUCUACCAUUCGCGCUUGGGUUUUGGGAAUCAUUUGGACCGUUCUGCUAGCGGGGAUUAAUCAAGUUAUUGUUUACCGUUUUCCUUCCAUCCUCAUCACAAAUUUUGUUGCGCUGCUGGUGAUUUUCCCUUGCGGGCAAGCUUGGGCUCGAGUCUGCCCGUCGAUAUCUGUGUUGAAAAUGCCUUUGAACCCCGGUCCAUUCUCAAUAAAGGAACAUGUUCUGAGCUCUAUUAUGGCCAGUGUGGCUGCUCAAAGCGCAUAUUCUACCGACAUUAUUGCGGUCCAACGAGUAUUUUACGGUGAAAUAUAUUCUUUCCUUUUCCAGUGGAUGCUCACUGUGUCUACUCAGCUUAUCGGUCUUUCUCUCGGUGGUGUAAUGCACAGAUUCCUAGUCGCCCCGCCGUCAAUGAUAUGGCCGAAUACGCUUGUCCAAUGCGCUCUUUUGAACACACUGCAUUCCCAGCAAUACGCCGGAAUCGGUAGACAUAAAGGCCCGAGUCGAGAAAGGUUUUUCCUGAUGGCCUUCAUUGGUGCCGUCCUUUGGACUUUCCUGCCGAGCUAUCUAUUCACAGCUCUAAGCAUAUUCUCUUGGCCAUGCUGGAUCGCACCCAAUAACCUAAAAGUGAACCAAUUGUUCGGAUUUCAAAGCGGCUUGGCAUUAUCCAUGAUAACAUUCGAUUGGAAUCAGAUAGCAUAUAUCGGUAGUCCUCUGGCUACACCUUGGUGGUCAGAAGCCAACGUGGUUGUUGGUUUCAUCUUGUUCUAUGUCAUCAUCACACCUAUCUUCUACUAUACCAAUGUAUGGUACAGCCAAUACCUUCCGAUGGUAGCGAGUCAUGCAUUCGACAAUACGGGCAAUUCUUACAACCUAACCCGAGUCCUCACCAACGGCGCAUUCAACUUGCAAGCUUAUAAGGACUAUAGCCCAUUAUACCUUCCGAUGAAUUUCGUCAUUGCAUACGGGCUUUCUUUUAUCGCAAUAGGCUCCACCGUUACGCAUGGGAUUAUCUACCUGCGCAAACCGACCUUAAUGCAUUUCAGACGGUCUCUGCAAGAGCAGCCUGAUAUUCAUGCCCGCCUGAUGACCAAGUAUCCACAAGUUCGGGGCUGGUAUUACGCUUGCGUGUUCGUGGUAACUUUUGCUAUGGCCUGCCUCUGCAUCGAGUUAUGGCCUACUGGUAUGUCAAUCUGGGAAUUGCUAGUCGCAUUAGGGAUAGCUGGUGUUCUCGUCUUGCCCAUUGCAAUGAUACAAGCUGUCACGAAUCGACAAAUCCCGAUGAAUGUCUUCACUGAGCUGAUUUCUGGCUUUCUUUUACCUGGGCAACCUGUAGCCAUGAUGCUUUUCAAGACUUUUGGUUACAUCACAACAUUUCAAGCAAUUGCCUUCACGCAAGAUUUUAAACUCGGACACUACAUGAAGAUCCCUCCCCUUGUGAUGUUUUGGGCUCAGAUAGCUUCAACUCUAAUCGCUGGGUCCGUCCAGCUAGGUGUACAAAUGUGGCUUUUUGCAAACGUACCGGAUAUGUGCAGCAAAACUCAGAAAGACCAAUUCACCUGUCAGAAUGUGCAAGUCUUUGGUACCGCCUCCAUAAUCUGGGGAGCUAUAGGAUCGAGGUUGCAAUUCACGGAGGGUCAUUUAUACUACCGUAAAUCCUCACUUCUUCCGCAUCUCCUAUCCUUAAUGUUCUGCUUUCUCAUUGGCGCAGCGUGUCCCGCUAUCUUAUGGGUUCUCACCAAGAAAUUUCCUCGUUCAAAGCUGGGAUAUAUCAAUGUCAUAUUCGGUGGUCCGGCCUAUGUUCCUCCAGCUAACAGUGUCAACUACUUGACCUGGGCGUUCGUUGGUUUUAUAUUCCAGCACUUGGUACGGCGAAGACGGUUUUUGUGGUGGGCAAAAUACAACUACGUUCUAUCUGCGGCGCUAGAUGGAGGUACAGCAGUUGGAGUUAUCCUUAUAUAUUUCUGCUUGCAGUACCCUUUGAACGGCACAAUUGGGAUAAAUACUAUUCAGAAAUGGUGGGGUAAUACAGUAUAUACGAGGACGUUGGAUUGGAAAUCUCCACCUCUAAGGACAUUGGCUCCAGGCGAGACGUUCGGGCCCCCGCCGUGAUCUUGUAGCUGCUUUGGAGGGUUUUUGUGGUUGAUCUACUAGUUGGGGUACUUUUAUUUUUGCUUCGUUGUGCUUUCAGUUAGACUAUCUGAAGUUGUAUCUUCCAUGGAACUAUAUGUACUAUAUGCUAUGAAAUCGGAUUCCAG